AUGCUGACGAGCAAGAAGUACAACACAGUCUCACCAUACACGUUAGAACUGCUGGGCAUCGAAACGAGGAAAUACAAAACGAUAACUCCUGGCAAAAAGGAUAAACGUCAUCAACAAGCACAGCUUCAACAAUUGAACAUUGGGGUCUUACGAGCUAUUCCACAACCAAUCAUCGGCAAAACACUACAAAAAGAAACUAAAGCGAUUAUGAGACAUCACUUAGGACAACAGCAAGCUCCACUCGAGCGAUUUAGCGAUUUAGCAGCCAAACGGGGACCAUUCGCAGUUGCACGACACGAUGAUGCACAAUUUAAUGCGCAAGACAGCUAUGGAGACGCUACAGCAACAAGUUUAAAAAAGGAGUGUCAUAUUGACAGCUUACCCAAGGCUUUAUGUCUUUCCGUGAACCGCGGUCAAUCGUUAGCAAACAUGUUCUGA